GCUCUUAAUGUCAUCCUGGGCACCGGGACCCAGCUGUCACUAUGAGGAGUGAAUCCGGUUGUGUGGAUUGGUUCCAACAGGAAAGGCAGAUUACGGUCCUUUUUCCUUGUUGGAUUUUCUCCAUUCUGUUGAAUGUGUAAUUACAACUAUGGCAACAAGAGUAGAAAUAAAUUCGACUUUGGCGUCUUUGACGACAGUGCCUGACUUAAAUGAGAUCAGAAAGGAGGAUAAAUCACAGCGUGUGUAUGUAAGUGUGCUUUCAGAUGCAACCAGCAAGGCAAAGGAGGCUUCAGCAUCACUGACUCUGGAAGAGAAGAGCAAGUUUGGGAGCACUUUGAGAUCUGCAACGAUGCCAUCACUGGGAUCACGGCCAAGGCUCUUCCCAAAGCCCUUUUCUAAAGAGAAAUCUUCAGAUACGUUUGCAAAUGUAAAACCACCUGUUCCAGCUUUCAGAUCAAGUAGUCUCAUUAGGAAGGCCCCUGAAGAAACAUCAUCUCUUAAGGUAUUGAGUGGAAAUGUUCCUCCGUUAGUAGAUCAGAAAGCAAUAGACAAUGAAAGUAAGGCUGGCAGCGAAGUGCUCACAAACAUGACUUUCUACACCGGGCCCAGCACAAAUACUGUCAUUCUCUUUGAGGCAGCAGGCACAGAGCAAGCAAAGGUGAGCCUGGCCCAGGAAAAAAGGGCUGCUGAUGACCGCAGGGUAUUUACUACUAUGCAAACGAAAGAGCUGCAGUGCAAUGCAAAGCUGGAGAAGCCAUCAGAGCCGUGUAGGAGUCCUGAAGGGCCUCUCCAUAGGCAGAUAGUGCUUUCCUCCAGUGUCAGACCAGUGUCCUGGAACUCCCUCAAAACUGGUGAAAAAAAGGAUGCUUCUGAAGUUCAUCCAGCGGAGAAACCCAACGGUGAUGCAAAUAGCAUCAGCAGCAAAGCUGAUGUCUCCACUGAUGUGCAGCAAAGGCCAAAACAAAGACCAGUAUCUGCUAUUUUCCUGGAAUCGUUACGGGAUCAAAAGCAUCGCACUGUGGAAGCUGCUGAGGAGACAUCUCCUACAAAGAAAUCCUGGGCUACGAAACCCAGGCCUUUGUCUGUGGACCUGACAGCAAAGUUUGAACAGAAAGAUCUUUCUCCUUGCACAAAGACUUGCUCAUCUCAUGGUAGUAAGGAGAAUGCAUCAAUGACAUCUUUUACUGACGUGGGCUGUCUUGAUCAGGCUGAAAUGAGGCCAAAACCUGAAGAAACUGAAUUUAAUAAAGGCACUUCUUCCAAACCAACUCUGAAGUGCAGUAGUCAGGACAUUGGUGUUCUAGAUAAUGGAAAAUACAUCUGGGAGACAAAGCUUAAACCUAGAAGUGAACAAAUUGAGACAAAACCAGAACUAACGAGUAACUCGCAGGGUUCGGAAAGGAGCCAUGAAAGCACGUGUGAAAGCAGAGCUGGUAAGGGGGUGAAAAGGCCGGAUCAGAAGGAUGUGUGCAUGAUCCCAGGCUCCGAAAGCCCUGCAGCUUCCUCAGAAACAGAGAACACCAUUGUAAGAGGUAGUGUUAAAAAACACAUUCAUCUGUUCACUCCCGAAAGUCCCAGUACCCCAAUGGAUCCAGAGCUGCUCCCGUCGGCGGCUGAGAAGGAGAACAGAAGUGUGAGCAUCCAGCAGAGAAUCAAAGAGCUGACGAUGGAAACUGCUGAGGCCAAGGCAGGAAACCUGCACAGGUCACUGCAGUCGCGACCGCGCUCUGCGGACUUCACCAAGCUGUUUUCAAGUCCCACCUCAAGCAGGGAAGCAAAGCCUGAGAAACCUGCUGAAACACGAAAUGACUCCAUGGGUGAAACACCAGAAACCCCAAAGAGCAAGGAGAUCAAGCUUGGGCAUGGCACUGACUGCGCUGAGGCACAUGCUGCUGGGAGCCCUUGGAAACCCCGACAGAUAGUGAAGAUAACACACAAACCUGUGGAGCUAGAGAGGAGCAGGAGCUUCCUUGGAGACAGUCAGCGUUUUCCCCAGCAGAGUGACAGCUCUGUCUCCUUCACAAGCAGCUUGGAAAGGAAACUAAACCCAAGCACACCUCUGGAAAAGACCUCCAUUAAAACUGUCCGUGCCACCAUGUUUGAGCAUCACGUCCAGAGGCAUAACGUUGCUGUUGAUCACCCUGGAGCUGAUGCUGCUCUGAAAGUGAAUGAUGAGCCUGAGGCAAAGCUCAGCGUGGUGACUUCAGGGCACAGCAGACGCUCAUGGAUGGGAGAAGUAGAGGAAACCACUGGUAUAAAGAAGGAGUAUCAGAAGCAGUCUGAUCUAUCAAAACAUAUAGCAGGUGGAGAGAAGAGUGGAAAACCAACUUGUUCAAGUGAAGACAAGAAAAUGACUUCAGGAAUUCUCUUGGAAAAACCUUUGGUUGAGACAAGUGAAAAGCUCCCUCCUAAAACUGCAGAGGGCUCUGUGGUUUACCAGAGAAUAGAGCCAAGGUAUGAAAUCUUCCAGACCUGUGGUGAGAGAGCUCUUAGUGAAGCCGUUACAAUGGCUCCAGAGAAGAAGGCCAUGACUCUCCGAACUAGGAAAUCAUCAGUGAAGGAGAAUAAAGCCGAUGAGGAUGUUUCACACCCCGGUCAGUUGGUUAGGAUGAGUAGUAAAACUCUCUACUUGAAGGAAGAUAAUGUUAUUUCAGAAGCUAGAGACACAAAGGUGUUUUCAAGCAAGGCUGCUUUGAGAGAACCCACUGAGUGCACUUUACCUGAACAGAAAAAAGAGUCUGAUAAGACUGGUCCAGUAUUAACAGCUGAGAAAAUGCCCUAUUCUACAAACAAAAGUAAGUGUUUGGGAAUGAAUGAAGAAGCAAACAAGCUACAUUCUGAAAUUCAAAACGAUAAGAGUGAAGCCUCUUCCUUGGAUAGGACAGAGAGGUCCAAUGUGAUGAAAUCCUCCUCUGAGAAAAGGAGUUUUAGACCAGGAGGGCCAGACAGCUGUGAAUUCAGAACCAACUUGGAUUGGGAAGUUACUUCAACAAGUGUCACUAAACACAGGGCCCAGUCCUCUGUGCUUUCAGGUGGACAAUCUAGUACAUCAUCCAGUAACCCCCAGCCUGAUCCAACUGCACUAACUGUUAACAAAGAGGAGCCAAGGGCUUUUGGUUUAAGGAAAAGUCUGGACUUCACUCGCAAAGAGCAAGACCUCAGCUUAGAUGGUCCAGCUCGUGAAAGCAGUGAGAAAAGCAGAGUCACAGACCCAGAGGAGAAAGUCAGGAGAAGCAGAAGCAACGUUUCUGACCUGAAGAUUUCUGAAAGGUGGAGGAGGAGAACCUUGCCUCAGGAUUCCAUCAGGACAGAAGAAGUCAUCUGGCUCACCCCUGACAAUAUCAAGCGGCUGAGCAGGACAGAUUCACUGCAGCUGGAUGAAGGCUUGGUUAAAAAGAGAAGCAAAAAAAGCAAAGAAGGGCUGGAAGGGGAUGAGGCAAACCAAGCUGCUCUUGCCAGGCAUGAUGAUGACUUGAAACACCAGAGUUCUCCUUUUGAGCCAAAGGCAACUUAUUUUGCAGUGACUUACCAGGUCCCUGAUAACAAAAAGGAGAAAAGCUUCAUUUGUGCUCCCAGUGCGAGUGAAACCAGAACAAGUUCUAGCUCAGGUGAGGGAACAACAGUGAAUUUGGACCCUGGUUUUCCUGGAAGGUCCAAACCUUCCUUGCAGCAGCCAAAUGCAAACGUGAGGAGUACAAACUGUAGAGAAUCCUCACGGGAAGUGCAUAUUAAUAGGGACUGGGGCAAGGAUGAUCACAAAGAUGGUAUGUUUUCCAAGAACAUUGCCUGUGGUAAUUUUCAUGUAUCCACAAAAGAUCACCAACAGUACCAUGAGAAAGGGCUGGAUUGUUCUAAAGAGAAAAUUAUAGAUGUUGAUGCUUUCCUGUUGAAACAGGAUCUGGAAAGUCCAGCUCAAACUGAUCUCAAAGGUAGCAGAAGAAAAGCCUCCUCUUAUGUUGAGCCCAGAUCCCCCCUGCGUUUUGCACAGUUACCUAAAGAGAGUGAGCCAGCCCCCCAGACUCAGAGUGGAAAUCACUCUGAUUUCUCUAGGAGGAAGGCUGGGGAUGGUUACAGGUCCCAUAUCCUCGAUAUCGAUGCUCUUAUGGCAGAGUACAAAGAUGACUCCAUGAAGGCCAGUAAUGUUCAAGAUAAGCUCUCUGAAGAGCAAAGUUCACUGAAUAGGGAGAAAUCAAAGAACAAGAGAAAUGAGUUGGAUAGGGUGGCUUCUUCCUAUAGCUGGAAAGAGUGGAAGGGGUCAGGUCUCUAUUCCGUUAAUAACAAGCAAGGUGAGUGUGCAGAGGAGUACACCAGGCCGGAGAAACUAAUUCUAACUGAAAAGAGCAAAGAGAAACAGGAAUCCCAUAGCCCUGAAUUGGAUAAACCAAAGUCCAAAGACAGAAAGUUCCUUCCUCCUUACUGGGGAAAUCCAAGCAGCUUUAGUCCAGAUAAGUUUGUGAACUCCCCCAUGGAGUUCACGAGGAAGAAAACGUUCAUCACUGAUGAGGAUGAAGACGUGAACUUCAGUUCCAGGAGUCAGAGUUCAAAACUGGUGGUUGAUAAGGUACAGCCCAUCAGCGCCGUUGGUACAGACCAAAAGGUGGAAGUGAAUUUUGCCUCCAAGUUGUCCAUAAAGGCAGAUGAUGGCCUCUUACAGAAGAAGUUGGUCACAAAAGAGCAGUCCCUGGAGGUGUCUCCAGAAGGUGACUGGAGCAAAAAUGUAGCAAGGAUCUCCAUAGUGAGGAACAAAGACAGUGCAAAUAAGACUGUGUGUGAGAAUGACUCUUCCAAUGUGAAGAGCAAAGCUGACUGGAAGAGCUGUACCCCUGGCUCAGGAAGUGCACACCCGGAUUUGAGACGAUCCUAUUCGGAAAAGAGCCGCCAAGGAAAAGACAAUCUGCUCCUGGUGCAGGAAGUGAGGGCAAGAAAGGAUCUGCACCCGUCCAGGCAGAGCUUCCCGCUGGAAGGAGCCGACAGUGGAUGGAAACACAAGGUGGCAGCUCGGUCAGAGUCAUUCUUCUAUGAGGAUAAAAAGGCUUUGAGGAGAGAGUGGAGCAGGCAGAGUUCAGAUGGAGCAGACUUCUCCAUGGUCUCUACCCAGAGAAGCCACCACAGCUUUUACAAGGAGAGAAGGGACAAGGGGACGGAUCAGCUGAAGCAGUGCUUCUCCAGACAGCCUGCGGGAGCCAAGGAUACCGACACGCUCGUGCAGGAGCCCGACAGCCAGUACGGCACCUGGAACAACCCACGGCACAGCGGGGACAGCUUUGUGCCCGAAUCUCCUUCCUUGGAAAACGAUGUCAUUUCAGCAAGAAAGCAGCCUCCGAACAGCCACCCAUCCUCACUGUCCUCACAGACUGAAGCUGCCUCCCUGGCUGAUCACCAUGACUUCUCUAAAGACCAAAGGAGCACCAGUCUGGAUCGAUCCAGCACUGACAUGGACUCUACUGAUGGCACAGAUUUACCUCCUUCGGGAGACACCUACCCUGAUGAAAAGACCACUGACUUCUCUUUCAUUGAUCAAACCACUGUUCUGGACUCCAGUGCUCUGAAAACGCGUGUGCAGCUCAGCAAGAAGAGACGGCGCCGGGCGCCCAUUUCCCACUCCCUUAGAAGAAGCAGAGGGCUGGAGUUUGAGAACAGAUUUUCUUUGACAGAAGAACCAGACAGUACCUGGAUGUUUAAAGAUUCCACAGAAGAGAAGCAAACUAUGCAACAGGAGGACUCCGAUGAGGGAGACAAGGUCCAGCAUCCUGCGAGGUCCCCGUCUGUACAGGCCCAGAGACUCCCCGUGUUUCCAGGAAUGGAUCAUUCUGUUCUCAAGGCCCAGCUGCGGAGAAGACAAGGGUCGGAGAGCCCUGCUGAAGUGAGUUCUGCUCAGCCCUUCAAAUCCCCUAAACCACAAGCGCAGCUCGGAACUCCCGGUGGCAGAGUGCUGCCCUCCAGUGUAGAGAAGGAGGACAGGUCAGAAGAAAAGUCUCCUCAGUGGCUGAAGGAGCUGAAAUCAAAGAAGAGACAGAGCCAUUAUGAGAAUCAGGUUUGAAAAGGUAGUGAUUCUAACUAGAAGAAGAUGAAGAAGUUUAACAGAAGCCUUAACUCAUCUGAACCUAAAAUUCACACGUCACGUUGCUGCUGUUUGCUUCCUGCCUCAACUGCUAUGUGCAUGGUGCCUUCCUGUUUCGUGGAGAAAGCUGCUUCAUCUUCAUAGUCAAAUACAAAGCUGGAUCUUUUUGGAUGUGGGAGGACAGUCACCUAGGCCUGCCUGAAGGAAGAACCCGUGGGUCAUAGGUAGCCCUUCAGAAAGUCAGGAAAGAUGGGAAUACUUGAUCUAGGAGUGGAAAAGUCGCUCGUUGUUGAACAGAGACUACAUUGCUCCAUAGGUUUUCAGCGAUUCAGAAGGGUGACUGCUGGUAGCCACAUCAGGUGGAAGGUUGGGCUUUGUGUUUGGUUAUGAAAAUAACAAUUUUAAUCAGAUUUAUCUUUUUUUGGGUUUUUUUUGUGGAAAAACUAGUGAGCUCCUGUUGCGGCUGAAGCCUGUGGAAGGUGCGAGUGAGCGAACAAAUGAUGUUUACUGCCAUAUUGCAAAGGAAACUUGAGUAUUUUUUGUAAAAUGUAUUUUUGAUUGGCUUAUAUUUCCAUGUGAUCUGCUGAGCCAGCAGAUGGGGUCGUUUUUAGAUGAACACGAUGUUGACUUUGUCACUAUGAAAUGGUAUAUUCUGUGUUUUGUCAGCAUGUGGAAUAAUUGCUUCCUUGGAGCGUCCUUCCUAAAGAGGAUCGAGCAAUAACGUCAACCAGUUCUCUCUGAAAACCAUAACUGUGUAAAUACUGUUUUUAUAACAAAAAAGGAAGGGAAGAGGGAGGAUGUUACACUCAUAUCAGGGUUCCAGUUAAUUCUUGAAUGUCACUUUAAUAGCAGUUUGGGUAGUCCCACUUCAUAGUUUUAUUUGUUAAUCUGUAAAUACCAGGUUUAAGGUUUUAUUUUUAUGCUGAUUUUAUGGGAUAACCUCAAUGUGAUCUUCAGCUUCUCAGAUCAUUUACUUUCCUGUUGCUAAGACCGAUGUUCUAAUAGCGGCAUAGAUCUCAUGCACAACACGGGUGUUACGGAUGCCACUGAUAUCUCAAGUAUGUUCAUAUCUUUGAAUACAGAUUCUGAAACAGCAACCGAGGUGUCCAUGUCAGACAUACUUUAUUCUCUCCCCAAAUAAGUGCUCUUUCCAGUAACCCUUUCCAAGAUGUAGCCCCUCGAGGGAGGUUAUUGUCGUGUCAGUAUUCCUCGCUCAAGGCCCGAGUGCCGAGGCUGGGGUGGGAGCAGGGGCUGCUCCUUCCUUUGCCCUUCCCGUGUCCUGCUUUUGGGUUUCUCUGGAUAUUAAUGAUAAAGCACCAGCACUUGAACUCAUUUUCCUUCUAUUACAAUCAGUGUCUCGGAAAGCUCGAUCUUCCUGGGGUCACCGCAGCGGUGCAUCUGCGAGCCGGAGAGCAUGCCUGCUCUGCUGUCUAUCAAGCUUGUAGCUGCCAAAACCAUGUGCCAAUUCUUCUCAUGGAGGAGUCAGAGAGGAGGGGAAUUUUAGUCCCAGUCUGCUCAUAGGAAAUAACAGCAGUAUGUCAGGAGACAAGUCCCAUAUGCCCAGAUCUCUCUCCCAGAUUUAGUUCCGAUAGCAGCUCCCUGUACUUAAUGGAGAUGAAAUGAAUAUGUUCCUUUUAGGGGAAAAAAACCUUUCCUCGCUGCUUUGCCCCAUUUCACAUCGGAGCUGUUGCAGUGUUCAAGUUUCACAGCCCCAGAUAAGAAACAAUCACCCCAAAUUUCUGCCAAGCCUUUCAUUCUGUAUGGGUUUAACCUGGGCCAUGAGGUGGGCUUCCCGUUGGAUGCGGUCAACCACUACUAAAGAGCUGCUCUCAGCUCACUUGCACAUUAUUCCUUCCCUCUUCUUUAGCUGGUGGUGGAAAUGGUGACUCUUAAGCUUUGCUUGUGUGUCUUUUGGGAUGUGUUUUGUGAUGGCAGCACUCAAGGGUACCAUCAGUUCCAUCAGUGAUGUGAGAGGAGCAGUGAUGCUUUGCUUACUCAGACGAAGUGGGGCUGACUUCAAACAGUACCUAGAAAUCAGGUAAAUUCCCCCUGCUCACCAGAGUAUUUGCCCAGGCUCCAUGUUCAAAUUCAGCAGGGUGAGAGUGUUGCAUUACCAAGAGCUGGAGGAUUUACUGGUUCUUGGUCUCAUAAAUGAAGGCCAGAGGCUGUGUAACUGAAGUGUUUGCUCUGUGUUUGAGGAACCUGAGGGGAUUAACACCAGGUUUCCACAAAGCCCUUUGAAUGUGUAUGCAUUUCCACAUCUGCUUGGACAAUGCACUGAACCUUACUGUAUUUAGUAGUUUAACCUACUACUGAGAAAUGUUUAAUGCUUAAAUGUCUAAUUAAAAAGCAUCUUUAGAAUGUUGUUGAAUGGGAAGGUGUUUUUUCUGCUCUAUCAUUUCUUUAUGUUGUACAUGGAUUAAAUACCUACUCCCUUCUCUUCAGGUUAUCGCUAUGUAAUAAAAGAUAUAUAAAUAUAUUAUUACUACUUACCUGAUAGAACAUUCUGUAAUACACUUUAUAUAAUUCUAUUUCAAUUCCAAAUAAUGCUUGUUUGACUUUGUUA